CGGGAACACAUGCGAUGACUUUCGCUGUUCUCCUUUUCUUGUUAUCGGCAUUUUUCGAAGGAUUGUCAUCGUUCGCUUAUUAUAGCAGUGAUAAAACCUCUGGAGGGGAGGCUAAUAAAUUACUUUUGAUACUAGUGGAUGGAUGUCGGUGGGAUUAUCCUGACGAGGAUAUUGCCGGACUUCCCGGAUUCAGGAAAUUAGCUGAAAAUGGAGUACGAGCUCCGUAUGUGACACCUAUUUUCCCAUCUAAUUCUUACCCUAAUUGGUACACAAUUGUUACUGGUUUAUACGCUGAAAGCCACGGAUUUAUACAAAAUAUGAUGUACGAUUCCCAUUACGAGGAUUUUUUUCUCAUGAGUCCUAAUGAUACAGCCUCAGUGCCGCAUUGGUGGGAUAGUGCCGAACCCCUAUGGAUUACAGCAGAAAAAAAUGGAUAUCGUAGUGCUCUAUAUUGGUGGGAUGGCUGUCAGGUUGAAAUACGAGGAAAAAAGCCUAAAUUCUGUCGAAAAUAUAAAUAUGUUGGAUAUUCUUGGCCAUCUGUCAACGAAGAUACAAAAGAAGGCUUAAUGUCAGCUAUGCAAAUGUUGGAAAGUGAUGAUGCUCAUUUAGUUCAAAUUUAUUAUGAGCCUGUAGAUUAUUUCGGUCAUAAAUAUGGGCCAAACUCUUAUGAACGCAAACAAUCAAUAAAGGAUAUAGACAACUUAUUAGAUUUGACACAACGUGAAAUGGAAAGAAAAGGUUUAGAUAGAAAGGUUAAUCUUGUGGUUGUUUCUGAUCAUGGGAUGACAUCGACAGAUUCCAAAUUCUUGAAUGUCAUUAAUUUACACCAAGUAAUAGAAAUUUCAGACAUCAAAUAUAUGGUUUACUAUGGAGCAACAAGCAUGCUUUUACCAUACGAAGGGAAAAUUUUAAAGGUUUACGAGAGGCUUAAAAAUGUACCAGGUCUUCACGUUUAUCUUAAGGAAGACAUUCCAGAACAUUACCAUAUAAAACACAACCGUUUGACGCUUCCAAUUCUACUUGUAGCAUCCAAGAAUUUCUACAUCAAAGGACUGGAUAUUCCAGGGAAGAGUAUUCCAACAGGAUCAUCAAUAUCAUUAGGAUCUCAUGGAUAUGAUCCAUAUGAGGUGAUAGAUAUGAGAGGAAUAUUUUUUGCAAGAGGGCCAGGUCUAAAAAGAAAUCACACAUCUGAGCCGCUUCAAAUGGUGGACAUCUAUAACAUUCUUUGUGGUCUGUUAGAAAUCGAACCAUUGCCAAACAAUGGAACAAAAGCCAUUUCUAAAGGAAUAGCUGCUCUACGCUAUUCAAAGGCUAGCUUAAUUUUGAACUUUUCCCAUAAACUUUCAAUGUGUUUUUCAAUAAUAUCAUUAGCGAUAUGUUACAGAUACAUCGCAAGUGUAACUUGAAGAUUUUCUCUUCAAAUAUAUUGUUUUAAAAGGAGCUUAUCAUCAAUAUUGACUAAGUGGAAAGAAUUGAGGCUCAAUUGUAUGUACAUAUGUGUCCAAGACAACACCACAGUUUAUUUCUAAAAAAUUAUAAGUUCCUGUAAACAAAUUUUGAAAAUCAUUUACAUUCUAUAAAUACGAAAUAUUUUUUUGCAUGAGUGAAAUAUUAUAUCUUGGAACUUGCCUCUGAGGAAGGCCAUGGUUCCCCCAGGUCUGACGUGCCAUUGAAAAAGAGGAAGAAAUAUU